UUUAUAAAAAACUUUAGGGUUAUAAGUUUUUGACGUUCAAUGGUUCAAUUUCAAAAUAAGAGAAACAGAGGUGAAUCGCCGCAAUAAUGAACGAAGAAAUUGAGGAUUCAGAAUUUUAUCAGCAAGAUUUUACUACUGCUUCUGAUUGGGAAGUAUUCAUUGCACGAAUCGAAGAAAUCAUAAAUCAUUGGAAAGUAGAUGAAUUGAAAGAAAAAACCAAAGAACAAUCCAUAUGGGAGAUUAAAUCUGAGAAAUUCAUGUUCGUCGAUGCAGAAUUCGAAUUAUUGUUUUAUAAAAAAAAUGACCCCUGUUCAACUUCCACAAAAGUUUCAGAUGCAAACCUAGAUAAAAAUAAAAUAGAGAAUUCAAUAGAUUUAAGCUAUACCUUUCAGUUAGAUGAUGCAAGUAUAAACCGCAUACAUUCAUGUAUAUUUACUUGGUAUGGUCUUACAACAUAUUAUGUUUUAACUACCACUGGAAUUACACAAAUGAAUUCAGAGAGCAAAAUCAAUAUAUUAUUGAGCUCCUUAGCUGUUGCAUUUAAAAACCUGAAUUGUGACAUUCCAGCCUUUCUACAGAUACGAGAAAAAUGGCAAGGAUUGUAUUUAGGAGUACAUCAAAAUGAACAAUUUAGAACUAAUUUUUCAAUGGUGCAUCUUAAAAAGAUUCCGUCAAAUUGUCAAUAUCUUUCAAACCUCAUAAGUAUUUUUUUUUCCAAAUUAGCUCUUCGUCGUUUCAACACCACUGUACUCUGUGCUGCACAGUUCACAUAUGACCUAACUGAUUUUGGAAACAAUGUAUGGAAGCAAGACAUUUCCUCAAUGGAAAGAGAUGAUUUGGAUGUCAGUUUUAUGUAUCGUUUACCAUUUGGAGUUACUUCAGAUCCUAUAGAUACCUUGAAAUUGAAAGUUUCGUGGCACAAUAUUAAAUCUGAUUUUGUGAGAGAUUCUGAACAUAGCUCUUAUUUCCAAGGACCAUCAACUGGACGUUGGUCUUUAAAAAUGGAGUAUGGUAAAUUACCUGUAUGCCUACUAUCUGAUUGCGUGAAUGAAUUUGCCAGUUUACUUGGAAAUAACACUUCAAUUCAAGACAUUCUGUCGGAACUGAGCUUAGACACUUCGGUAGAUACGAAAGUUUCAACAAUUUCAUCCAUUUUAAGUAGAGCAGCUAGGAACUCUUUGGCAGGGACACAAAAGAUCACAAGUGCUAUUUCUGAGAAUAUAUUGGUGUCUAUUUUGUAUUAUUUAUUUCCUGAUGCUGAUACCAGGCAGCCAGAACCUAGUCAUCCAUACAUUGUAAAGGAAGAAAGCUAUGACUAUAGAUCUUCAGAAAACGUUAUCACAACCAAAGGAUUCAAGACCUGUCCCUCACAUUCCCUUUUAUGGAGGUUCAGCAUUAUUGCAGCAUGUCUGUUACAAUCUGGAGGAUUUAGGGCUCUUGCUCAAAUUUGGUAUGAGUUCGUUCAGGAAAUGAGAUAUAGAUGGGAUAGGAAUAUCUUCAUACCAGGAUUGGCCAGAAAUCUACCGGACCUCCGCACGUGCCUUUUACACCAGAAGCUCCAGAUGCUCAACUGUUGCAUCGAGAGGAAGAAGAAGCGCGAAGAAACCCAAAAAGACCUCGAAUUCGAUUCUGCAGAGGGUUCGUCUUCAGAAGAAGAAUUCUUCGACUGCGCCGACAAGCCAGCUGAAGAGCCCAAGAAGAUUCAACCUGCAGGCAGGCUGUGCAAAUUCAAAGACCUGAAACUGUUAGAAACGGGUGAAGAUCUCUACAUCCCCAGAACUCAAGAACCCGUGCCUAAGACUGAAGAUCAACUGGACGAGGACACUGACGUUCUUCUCAAACUCGGCUCAGACGCUCAAGCCUCGGAGAUGAGAGCAAGGCUGAUGAGUGCUUCGCUCCUAUCCGAUAUGGAGUCCUUCAAAGCUGCAAAUCCCGGAGCCAUUUUGGAAGAUUUCGUUAGAUGGUACUCUCCAAGGGAUUGGAUAGAGACUGAGGACGAGGAGGGUAAUAAAAAAGGGGAGCUGAGCAAACGGAUGCUGAUCGAAGACAACUUAUGGGCGCAGACUUGGAAAACCGCAAAACCCAUACCUGCCAGCAAGCAAAAGUUGCAAUUCGUCGAUACCAGAGAAGCAGAGAAGGUUCUGCAUUUCCUCGAGUCCAGAGAACUCCCACAAAUAAUCGAGUUGUUGGUUCCUAUACUGCUACAAAUGUCCGCUUGCCGCUUAGCUCAAGAACUAGCUGCUCUAGAAGUACAUCCAGACGAAGAAGUGGACAAGGUGUCGUACAUCCUGAAACAAGUGGAGAUGACUACUAGAGAAGGAAAAUUCACAGCCCGCAAGAUUGAGGCUAUCGCUCGAGAGAUGGCGCGAGUAGAAAGAUUCAUAUCAACAAUUCGCUCUUUGUAUCAUAAACUUAAUCAUGAAGCUGCUGAUCGUGAAAUAAUGAGGCAGAUGAUUCUUGAUCUGGUGAGCGGGAAAGAAGCUUGGGUUAGUAGUGAAGUCAAAAUGCGUUUGAAACCGAUGUUUCGGGAAGCUCAGGAAAGGGUGAAUGCAGCGAAAUCAGAGGAUGAUGUUCCAGAGGAGAAAAAAUCUCCCUAUGAAACUUCCGAAUAUCCAAACCCAUCAGUGCGCGAAUUUGUGUUGACGAUUAGUGCAAGGCAACCAAAGCAUUAUUCCUCCUAUUGUCCCCAAUACAUGAGGGCGAUACUGUCGAAUGACGGUAUGAGAAUGGCUAGUGCUUUUAGCGAAGAUAUCAAUUUUUUCUAGGACUGAAUUUUUCCAUUCGAACGAAAGCUACUGAGAUUUUUAUACGAGUUCGUUAGGUUUUAACAUGUUUCGUGAAUUUGUUACUUACAUCGAAUAAUUAUUGUAAUUUUAUUGGAGUAUUGGUGAAGAUGAUCAACUUGUUACGAUGUAGAUAUCAUAUUUUUGGAUUUGUAAUAAGUCUUUAUAAUAGUCGUUUAAAGUGUUAAGAGUUUUAUAUUGUAUAAUUAAACCACAUUAGAAAU